AUGCGCGGAUCGAAGGACCGCGUGGAGGUGUUCAAGCUGGCGGAGAACCUCUGGUUCGCCGGAACCGCGCAGCUUCCGCCGGCGGCGCCUGAAGGCGCGGCGAGCCACAACGGCAGCGACGGCAACGUUGGGGGCAACAACGAGGAUCGGAGCGAGCGGAAGCUGCAAGAUGCCGCUGCUAGCGCACCCGCACCCGCGCCCGCACCCGCACCCGCGCCCGCGCCCGCUGUGGAUCCCAUGGCGCAGCGAUUGGCGGAGGUGGGGGAAUUUUCGGCGCGCAUGACGGAGCUGAAACAAGUGGUGAAGCGGAAACCGGCGGUUGGGUUUCCCGGUAUAAGCCAGUACGACGAGGUUAACAGCGGUACAGCUCCUAAAUACAACAAUACAGUGGUCCGUGUAACUCCUCCUGACGUCGCCCUUUGUGUGGGCAACGGUUACAUCCUUCAUCUUGUCAACACAGCAAUGGUUGUGUAUGACAAGCAAGGGAAGCAGCUCACUCGCAUUAUCCCACACAACGAGUUCUUUGGGGUGCUGCCAAGGGUGGUGGAGAAGAGGGAUCCAAUCAGCGAGUCGAUACUGGGAGACAAGAUCGGCGACAUGUCGUGCACGUACGACCGCCGGGCCAGCCGCUUCUUCCUCUCCGCCAUGUGGUUUUCGGGGGGAUUCAACAACACGUACGACAAGUUUGGGCAGACGAGGAGGCGAGGCAACGUGACAGUGGGCGCAGGGCUGAUAGUGGCAGCGACAACCACCGACGACCCCACCCAGAAGUGGAACCUCUUCUUCAUCCCCGGCUCCAACGACGGCAUCAACUCCAAUCCGGACUGGAGGGCACCUCUCCACUUCAACACGUCUCGCCUCACCACGUUUUUGGACUACCCUCAGAUCGGCACCGAUGCCUAUGGAGUGUAUGUGUCAGCGAACCAGUAUUCAGAGGACGAGUCAUCGUGCUUCGGGGCGUCCAUAUAUGCAAUCGCCAAGGCCCAGCUGCAAGCCCCCGAGAGCACGACCAUUCUGCGCUUGGCCGUGCCCCGAGCAUCGGCCCUCAGCGCCCCAGCCUACAGCAUCCACCCGCAGAAGGUCGCUGCAGACGGGGCCUACGACUACCACCACGGAGGCACCAUGUGGUUCGGCUGGACGGGAUACCCCGGCUUUCCCGACGACACCGUGCUUGUCGCUAACUACACCACUAUUGGAGCCUUUGCUAUAACGGGUACAAGCGCUCUGGGGUCCCCUGAAGCCGAGAGCUUGGUUGAGCCACACUGCGCUGCCGUCAACACCCCGCCGUUCUUCAUUCCCCUGCCUGUGGACCAGAAACCCGGGCCUGUGCCCACAGCUUGGCAGAUGAACAGCACGAUCAAGCCCAUCGGCCCCUCGGAGAUCGAUGCAAGAGGGGUGGUGGUGAAUCCGGGAAGCAGGCACAUGUGGAUCAGCUUCAUGUCCGCCUUUGGCAAGGACAUGAGUGCUUCUGCCGUGGUGGCGAGGCUUCGCCUGUCUCUGAGGCCCAACCGCAAGUGGCGCACGCUCCGGGUGUUUUUGGAGCGGUUCAAAGUGGUGGGGGUGGGCGGAGGAAACAGCCUCAUUCAGGGCACCAUCGCUCUCAACAGCCGAGGCGUGGGCAUCAUGGCAGCGUCGCUGGCAGGGCGGUCCUUCUACCCCUCAGCUGCCUAUGCCACUCUCAACGCCAAUGUGGAUGUGGGCCGCAUCAACGUUGUGGGCGCGGGGAAGGCGCCUCUCGAUGACUAUAGGGGGUAUUUGAGCGGUACGGAGCAUCGUUACGGCGAUUACAUGACAGCGACGGUGGACGAGGAGGGCAACGCGUGGGCGGCAGUGCAGUACGUGGCGGGGCAGCCGCGCACCGAGUGGAGCAACUGGGCUACCUUCGUCUUCAAAGUCGCCCUGCACGGGGGGGAGGGGGGAAAUGGGGGGGAUGGGGGGAAUGGGGAUAAUGGGGGGAAUGAGGAUGACGGGGGGGAUGGGAAUGACGAGGGGAAUGGAGAUCACGAGAGGAAGUAG